AUCAUUCUACCUAACACAAACAAGAAAAAAACAAUAUAAAGAAAAAGUAAGAAAGAAGACAGAAGAGCUGUGGGAAUUAUUUCUUACUUUUAAGCCUCUGGAAGAGUCCCAGAGCAGAAGAAUCAACUCUCUCCGCCUCCCUCUUCCCUCCCAUUACUCUCCUCCUCUGCCUAACCCAGAACACUCAGCCAUCCAUGAGUGGGACCAACUCCUCUGCCUAUCGAUCGGAGCGUAGUUUUCACCAGACUUCAUCCUCAUCCUCAUCUUCUAGUAACCCAUACAUGGAGAAGAGCCGGGGACUGUUUGCCGAGGACUUUGGCUCCUUCAUGAGGCCUGGGAGCGACGCUCUGGGGUUUUCCAGUGGCUCUGGAAAUAUCAAGACUCUUGGGGAUUCGUACCAGUUCACAGUUGACGUGCGAGACUUCUCCCCUGAAGAUGUCAUCGUCACCACAUCCAACAACCAGAUUGAAGUUCAUGCGGAAAAGUUGGCACAGGAUGGUUCAGUGAUGAACACGUUCACACACAAGUGCCAACUACCUGAGGAUGUGGACCCCACCUCAGUGACAUCAUCACUGGGCGCAGAAGGGACCCUAACAGUCAAAGCACGGCGACUACCGGCCAAACACGAGCUCGUACAGACCUUCCGCACCGAGAUCAAGAUCUAAAGAACUGACCCGCUUUCUCAUCACAGAUUUCUCACUUUUUUUGUUCUUAUGCUUCUUCCUUAUUUUCUGUCUUUACUUAAACCAUUCUACUUUAAAAACUCAGCAGAGAGUUGGCACUAUGCUCUAUAAAACAUGCCAGGUCCUCCAUCUCCAUGUCUGCAACAAUGCUGCUCUUCAUUUAUAUUCUGAGUUAGUUCAACAUACACAGCAGCAGUAGGUCAAACCUGCAGGUUCUCUCACACACCCACACACACACACACACACACACACACACACACACACACACACACACACACACACACACACACACACACACACACACACACACACACACACACACACACACACUACUAAAAAUGAAGACUCACCUAACAAAUUGAUGGUUACCACGUUAAUAAUAAUUUGUAAUAUAUCACAUUUGUGUGAAUAAAGUAAUCCUGCUUUGACAUAAACAUGUGAGCUAUUUCAUUGAUUUAGAUCGGGACUAAAGUAUAGUUUAAGCUACCAAUGGAGAGUUGACAAUCUAUAAGAAACGUACAAAUCUUGGGUAUUUAAAUUUAAAUUUUUUGUAAGGGCGAAUAUAGCUGGUAAUGGCUUGAGUAUUUCUUCCCUUGUGUAUAAUGAAUGCAUUUAUAGAGAAGGCUUUUAAACAACAUUUAGGGUUUCAUCUUGGAGAAAUCUUCUUUUUUUUUAAACAGCUGAAAGUGUAAAUAAUUGGAAAAUUCAAUAUGGUAAUACAAAUAAAAAAAAACAAAUAUGGGCUUGAAGGUGAGUAGGCAGUAAACAGCACAAGGCAAUCUUUUCUGUUCUGAAAAUCAGUACGAAAGCUCAGAGGUGAUUCUAUUCAGUGUUUUGUGUGUUUUGUCUGUCCUGUUUCCAUGAGAAAAUAAUUUCGAAGGCUCUUUUCAAUCUAAAAUAAUUUCGACAGCUUUGUGAUGUGGCUGUAAUUCACUUUAUGUUCGAGCCAGGCUGUGACCUUUGCAUUUUGGAAAGCUUUUCCCUGUGAAAGACCACAUAACAGAAUGAUUUAUGUUAGACUGUGAAGCAGCGUAGAAAUUAAUGAUAUAUGUUAUUUUCAGAGUGAUGGGGAAAUGAUUAUGAAUUAUUAUUCUUAUAGGACGUUCACAAUUCUCAUUGCAUUUUAUACUCAUUACAUCGGCACUAGCAUAUAAUAGAGCAUGCUUUUUUUAGUUGAAAGGAUACUUAAUACAAAAGCCUAUAGGUUUUUGAGGGGUUUGCCAUUCAUUACAUUGAUGGCUUCAACUUCACAUUUAUGAAUCAGAUUAAUAGCGUGUUGCUGCUUCAGAUAAUACCAGCCAGGGGAUUAAAGCACUGAUAUACAUAAUAAA